AGCCAGCAGGAGGCGCGGGUGUGUGAAGUGACAAGUCGGUACCAAAGCGCUCGGCCGCCGGGGGCUGAGACGGUGGAAAAAAAGCAUCAAGAGCAGACAGCCAGAAAUUCUUGUUGAGCUGAUUCACCUGUGGACUGAAUCUGAGAAUCUUGCUUCUCCUCCCAAUUGCUUUAGAUGCAACAUAUUCGAGCUCCAUUUAGUUGAACAGCUUCCUUUGAGCAGUACGUGAUGGUUGGGUGAGAUUCAGGUCCUGUUACAGUGAAACAACUUGCCCUACUUUCCCCAGUGACGGUAUAAGCCAUUAGGAUGCCGCCACCAUCGGAUAUUGUGAAAGUGGCCAUUGAAUGGCCAGGGGCCUUUCCAAAGCUGAUGGAAAUUGAUCAGAAAAAACCUUUAGCUUCAAUUAUACGGGAGGUCUGUGAUGGUUGGUCUCUGGCAAACCCUGAAAACUAUGCUCUGCAGUAUGCAGAUAGCACAAACUUUUACAUCACAGAGAAGAAUCGGAAUGAAAUUAAAAAUGGGGCAAUCCUUCGAUUGGCAGCAUCUCCGACUCAAACAGCGCAGGGGCUGCAUGAGAGGAUUCAGUCUUCCAGCAUGGAUGCCAAGUUAGAAGCACUGAAAGAUUUGGCGAAUCAUUCCCGAGACAUUACCUUCGCUCAGGAGUUCAUCAACCUCGAUGGUAUCUCCCUCCUAACACAGAUGGUGGAAAGUGGAUCUGAACGUUAUCAGAAACUGCAGAAGAUUAUGAAGCCAUGCUUUGGGGAUAUGCUGUCAUUCACAUUGACUGCGUUCGUUGAGCUCAUGGACCAUGGAAUUGUCUCCUGGGAUACAUUCUCUGUGGCUUUCAUCAAAAAGAUAGCGAGUUAUGUGAACAAAUCUGCCACGGAUGUAUCUGUAUUACAACGGUCGCUAGCAAUCUUGGAAUCAAUGGUAUUGAACAGCUAUGAUCUCUACCAGAAGGUGGCACAAGAGAUCACUAUUGGCCAGCUAAUGCCACAUCUACAAGGGUCGGAUCCUGACAUUCAGACUUACACGAUCGCGGUGAUAAAUGCACUCUUCCUUAAAGCCCCUGAUGACAAGAGACAGGAAAUAGCAAAUAUCUUGGCCCAGAAACAGCUGCGUUCCAUUAUUUUAAGUCAUGUCAUUCGUGGAACCCGAACCAUUCAGACUGAAAUGGCCCACCAGCUGUAUGUUCUUCAAGUACUCACUUUUAACCUUUUGGAGGACCGAAUGAUGACUAAGAUGGAUCCACAGGAUCAAUCCCAAAGGGAUAUCAUAUUCGAGCUGCGCAGGAUUGCUUUUGAUGCUGAUUUGGAACCUACUAACAGUGGCAGUAUUGAGAAGCGAAAGUCUAUGUACACCAGAGAUUAUAAGAAACUGGGUUUCAUUAAUCAUGUAAAUCCAGCCAUGGAUUUUACAGAGACUCCACCUGGGAUGCUGGCCCUCGACAACAUGCUGUAUUUUGCGAAGCACCAUCAAGAUGCUUACAUUCGGAUUGUACUGGAGAAUAGCAGUCGAGAAGACAAGCAUGAGUGCCCAUUUGGCCGUAGUAGCAUUGAGCUCACCAAGAUGCUGUGCGAAAUCCUGAAAGUGGGAGAACUUCCCAGUGACACCUGCAAUGAAUUUCACCCCAUGUUUUUUACCCAUGACCGAUCAUUUGAGGAGUUUUUCUGCAUCUGCAUCCAGCUGUUAAAUAAGACUUGGAAGGAAAUGAGAGCAACGUCUGAGGACUUCAACAAGGUGAUGCAAGUUGUAAAGGAGCAGAUCACAAGAGCACUGACAACCAAGCCUAACUCACUGGAUCAGUUCAAGAGCAAGUUGCAGAACCUGAGUUAUACUGAGAUCCUGAAAAUCCGGCAAUCUGAGAGGAUGAACCAGGAAGACUUCCAGUCUCGUCCAAUCAUUGAACUCCGAGAGAAGAUUCAGCCUGAAAUCCUGGAACUGGUCAAACAACAGCGGCUAAACCGGCUUUGUGAAGGAACCUGUUUCAGGAAGAUCAGUAGCCGGCGGAGACAAGAUAAAUUCUGGUAUUGUCGCCUUUCGCCAAACCACAAAGUCUUGCAUUAUGGAGACCAGGAGGAGAGCCCUCAGGGAGAGGUGCCCCAUGAAUCUUUACAGGACAAGUUACCAGUGGCUGAUAUCAAAGCUAUUGUGACCGGAAAGGAUUGUCCGCACAUGAAAGAAAAAGGUGCCCUUAAACAAAAUAAGGAAGUGUUAGAACUCGCCUUCUCUAUACUGUAUGACCCAGAUGAUUCCUUGAAUUUCAUUGCUCCUGACAAGCACGAAUACUGCGUGUGGACAGAUGGACUGAAUGCUCUACUCGGGAAGGAGAUGAUGAGCGAGCUGACAAAGAAUGACCUCGACACGCUCCUCAGCAUGGAGAUGAAGCUUCGCCUUCUCGACCUAGAGAAUAUUAAAAUUCCGGAAGCCCCACCUCCGAUCCCCAAGGAGCCAAGCAACUAUGACUUUGUUUAUGACUGUAACUAGACAGGGUCACAGCUGUGAGAAUAAACUGGAACCAGCAGUAACUGGAGCUAUCAUCUUCCCCUAUUGUUCUCUCUGUUAUCUAUAUAUCUUCCUGUUACCUUUUGGCUUCUGCUAAUCUUUAACUAGACCAAGUUGUUUUCUAAUUUCUGGGCAUUAUUUGGUGGAAAAAGCCCUUGUAUUUCUGUGCCACUGCAAGUAGUGACCCAGCUGCAGUGUUACCUUCACUGGGAAUGGGACCAUUUCUCAGACAUUCUCAUGGUUGAUACAACUUGUUGCAAAUGAUAUUUUUGCCAAAAGUUUGUUGUGGCAGGACUUCAUGAGAAUGCACAUCACUCUUUCUCAUCAGAGUGGUGAAAGGCAUCAGGGGUAUAAUGAGAGGAGGCAGAUCAUGCGUAUAUGUGUUUAUGUGUGUAUAAACCCUUGUGCACAUGUUUAUCAAAAAUGGAAAAUCAGCCUGUGUUCAUUCAGGAAGCUAGAAAUCAGUUUGAUCUAGGGCUAUUAAUAUCUCAAUUUGCAUUCCUUUUAAGGUCUGACCUUCCAGCCACACAUUUUGCUUGAUAGUAAAAUGUAUAUUAUGAUGCCAGUAAUGUCAGAGCUCAUUAAUGUGUACCAUACUUAAAAGGAAAGAGUAAAUUUGUAUCAGACUAAACAUAUGGUCAUGGCUUUGGCUCUAUGUAGAGUAAGAUACUGGAUUCUGUAUUACAUAGUGAUGAUUCGUGAAAUAUGCCAAGCAGCCAGUAUUACGUCACUGUUGUGUCAUUAUGAUGUUAGAGAAUAAUUUACCAGGAAACAUUUUAUAUAUGUAAAAAAAAACUGUUUUACCAUUUUUAGCCUCUUACAUAUAUAUUUAAUGGAAAAUGCACAUCUGUGUGUUGUUGAAGUGUU